UGCCAGGUGGGGGUGUCGGAGGAGGUGCUCCUGGCUCGUGAUGAGCAGGGUGUCUGAAGGUGUUGGAGGCUUGCGUUGGGAACACUCGCGUCGAGAAUAAGCAGAGGAGGAAUGUCAUCUGGACUCUGCAGCGAACCUCUAACGUCAAGGCUGAAAUAAAGGUGAUGGGCCACAGCUGGAACGCGCUGCAGAAACUUGCCCCAGAAGUGGUUAAGACGGCGGGAGAACAGUCAAUAGCCGACGGUCCCAGGGGGAGCCGAGGGCGCAAGUACGAAACUGUUACAGCCACAGUACGACAGGUCACAGCUGCGUUCAGGCUCUGCCCGUUAUUCUGGAGAAAUGGCAACAACAGUGAAACUGAACACCGGUGCACAUAUGCCCAUUUUGGGACUGGGGACAUGGAAGUCUCCCACUGGCAAGGUCACAGAGGCGGUGAAAGCCGCCAUCUCAGCGGGUUACAGGCACAUUGAUGGAGCGCGUAUCUACCGGAACGAGACGGAGGUGGGAGAGGGUGUUCAGGCCAUGAUCAAGGAUGGCGUGGUCAAGCGAGAGGAUCUUUUCAUUGUUAGCAAGCUGUGGUGCACUUUUCAUGAGAAAUCUCUGGUAAAGCAAGCCUGUGAGAAGACUCUCAGUGAUCUUAAAAUGGACUACCUAGAUCUCUAUCUAAUGCACUGGCCCAUGGGUUUCCAGGCUGGCGAGGAGCUUUUUCCUUUGGACAGCGCAGGAGAGACGAUCAAUGACGAUACUCACUUCCUGCAGACAUGGGAGGGGAUGGAGGAGCUGGUGGAUGCUGGUUUGGUCAAAGCUAUCGGUGUCUCCAACUUCAACAAAGACCAGAUUGAAGCCAUUCUCAACAAGCCAGGCCUCAAAUACAAGCCUGCCAUCAACCAGGUGGAGUGCCACCCGUACCUGACUCAGGAGAAGCUGAUCAACUACUGUCACUCUCAGGGCAUCUCAGUGACCGCCUACAGCCCCCUGGGCUCCCCAGACAGACCCUGGGCUAAACCUGAAGACCCCUCACUGCUGGAAGAUCCCAACAUUAAAGCCAUCGCUGAGAAGCACAAGAAGACACCUGCUCAGGUCCUGAUCCGCUUCCAGAUCCAGAGGAACGUGAUCGUGAUCCCCAAGUCGAUCACACCUCAGCGCAUUCAGGAGAAUUUCCAGGUGUUUGACUUUGAACUAAAUGAGGAGGAAAUCAAGACCAUAGUAGGAUUUAACAGGAACUGGAGAGUCUGUCCUAUGCAAUGGAGCACCAAGCACAAGGACUACCCAUUCAACACUGAAUUCUGAAAUGAAAAAUGCAGAUUUUCCACAGGUUUACAGUGGGUGCUGGGUGUUGGAGUUUGCUUCUCUACCCUCUAGACUGCUCGCUUUCCUAUUCUUUAGAGCGGUUUGCAAAGUUAGUGUGGCCUUGCAGCAGAUUUUUAUUUCAAUGUUACAUUUCUCAGGAGAACAUUGACUUAUUUAGUUGCUAUUUUGUCUCCAUGAAAACCAGUUUUACACACACUCCUAAAACUUCUUUAUACCCAAUUUGAGAUGCUUAACUGAUACAAAUUUGGGCCAUUAUGCGUACGAGUUUUGCACUAUAUAAUUAAGUAUUUGUGUUUUUUCCUUAAAUGGUCCUUAUCUGUUCUCUCAGCCUGUAGACACAGGUUUCUUAUUUCUAGGGUCAAUUCUACUGUGUUACUUUGUGGCCAGUGUGGUAUUUUAAGUUACUGAAGAGCCUAAAUGUCAGGUGACCCCCAAGGGUCCUUGAGGAGGUUGAUUUAAUGUAAUUUAUUUUCACUUUAAUUGUAUUCAUAAGUAACACAAUAACAGAAUGUAUGACUAUUUUGGCCAUGAGUUUCAUAUACUUUCUGUAAUAAAAUAUCUAAAGGCCCAGACACACCAA